AUGUCUCAAACACAAACUCAAUCAGUGUCUGAAGCUCGGAUACUCCUCAAUCAGUCGAAUAACACGGCUUUCCCACCACGACCCCCCUCUGGGUAUGCUCACCCACCAAAGUUGACGCGCGAACAGGCUGGACACAUCCGCCACAUCCACAAUAUUGUUUCUCAAGUAGACGGAGAAUGGAGAUUCAUGGGCACGCAAGAGCCGGGCCAGGAGUGGCUGGAUGCCUACAGAUACCAGCUCGUCACCAUGGCGUAUGCCAUUGCAGCGGCGCAAUACCAUCGCAUGCCGGCUGCCAGAUCCAUCUUCAAGCCUCUCAUGGAGAGGAUUAUCCACAAGAUGCUGAGGAGAGAAUGGAGUUUUGUUGAUCCUGAUCUAAAGGAGCUGCGAAAGCCGUGGGCAAAUCCCAUCUGCAAAGAAAACAUCAUGUACUCGGGAAACUUGCUUCUCAUGACGCCGCUGUAUGCCAUGCUGUACGACGACGAACGGUAUGAGCAGGACGACAGCCUCGUCUUCAACUGGAACCCGGUGUACUGGGGAUUCGGUGCCGAGCGCUUCAGCUACAAUCGCUCGACUCUCCAGGAAGCAAUCCUCAAGGAGAUGGAAGCCAACGGUUGGAUUGGAGUCUGCUGCGAACCAAACAUGGUCUUUAUUGCCUGCAACCAGUUCCCUCUCACCGCCAUGCGAAUCAACGACGUCCGAAACGGCACACAUGUUGCAGAUGAUGUGCUGGCCAAAUACAAGGCUGCCUGGCAGAAAAAGGGCAUGAUGGGAAAAGACGGCUUGCUGAGGGAUGCUUAUCGAAUCAAGCAGGACUCCCCCGUCGAUGCCUUUGACAUUGGCUUCCCGGCGUGGGCCGCGGCUCACAUGGCCUGGAACAAUGAGCAGAUGGAGGAUCUGUACCCAAAGAUGGCGCAUGGAUACUUGACCAAGAUUGGAGACCGAAUCAACAUCAACCCGGACCCAGUGGCGAGGGCCAUUCGCAAAUUGACGUCUGAGAAUCCCAGCAUGGACGCCGACGAGAUCCACGCCAAGGCACGCGAUCUGACUGCGCAAUAUGCGCCUCGCUAUUCUGCGUUUAUGCACCCGUACGAUGAAAACGACAACCACGUCUAUGUCGAGCCGUUCACCGGCAACGCGGGCAUCGCAUAUGCCAGACUGACGGUCAAGCGUGGACAGGCGACGAUGUGGGACAAGCCGUGGACCAAGGAGCAGGUGAGGAGCAUGCCGUGGAUUGACGGCGUCGGCCUCGAUGGCGGAGUUGAUACGUUGGCUGGCCGCUGGGACGAGGAGAAGGGCGCCAUGUUUGCGUCGUUUCGGACCUGGCAUGAGAGGACGGUGAGCAUCAGGCCGGUGUUUAAGCUGCUGCGGGCAGGGCGCUAUGGGGUUUACAUUAACGGGAGCUUCAGCGGCGAGGCUGUUGUCGGGGCGUUUGGAGAGAAUGUCGCUGUGGAUUUGGAGGUUGCGGGAUGUGAGAGUGAAGUUGUGCUGGUGAGGGCCAAAUGA